GGGUAUUAUGUGCUUUGGUUGUUUAUUCUUUAUUCUUAGCCUAAUUUUCAUUUUUUUUUUGUACUUUACGUUUUGCUAGUACAUUUUAAGUGGAGCAUAUGUAAUGGAAAGUUUGAAGCUCAUGCAUCAAAUUGCACUAAAGUUUUUGAAUGGAAGUCCUAAUGAUUAUUAAAGGGGUAUUCAGGAGAUAUGAAAGAUGGAACCCUGUGCAUCCAACAUCUGGAGCCUUUUGGGGCAUGGGAAUAGGCAUUGGUUGUGGUGUUGGAUGGGGCCCUGGUUUUGGCCCUGAGGCAAUUGGUUAUGUUGGCUCAGGCUGUGGUGUUGGAUUUUGCGUUGGUAUAACUCUGGUUGGUUUUGGCAUUGGCCUACCUGCAAAUGGCCUCUAUGAAGUUCCUUACAAUGCUGUUAUGGCUACAGGAAGUGGUGCAAUGGAAUUAGCCCGUUCUAGUGGUCUUGUCACGAAAGAUAUUGUAGGGGAUGGCUGGAAUAACAUUGCACCUCGCAUCUCUGGUCUGCAAACAGAAGCAUAUAGAAGAUUCUCUAGCUUUAAGCAGAAAUGUUGCUCGGACAAAGAGUUUGAUUUAUUUGACAGGAACAGCAAGCUGCCAGCCUUUACUAGGUCUAUUUCAGAAAGUUUAGGAACAUUUGGUGGUCGCUUCUUCCACCCUCGCAAAGGAAGUGGCUGAUUGUGAAGAGCAAGCUUGGUAGUUGAUUGUCAAGGAUACCAUUGCUGUACAUUCUUCACACGAAGUCUGCAUAGGAAUUGUUAUAGCUUGGUAGUUGAUAGUCAGGUUUUUAAUUAGCAUAACAUCAUUGUGAAAUUCAUAUUCGAGGAGGGGGAAUUACUCACAAGCUUUCAUAUUCGAGGAGGAGGAAUUACUCAAACUUUGGUGUGGAGUCUCAAACAGGAUCUUAGAGAUUUAGACUAGCAUUUUCUAAACAAAACUUUUCACACAGUUUAAUCGUUCAUUGAAUAGACAUAUACCCCCAUGCGGCCAACUCCCCCCCCAAAAAUUUGAGUUGGCAGAAGAGUCUUCUUUUAAAACAAGAAUUGGCUAGCUGGGGGCAAUUGUUAUAAAGAUAAUGUACCUUUUUGUUUAUUUGAUUUCAUAUUUUAUAAUAGAAAUUGCUCUUGUAGUUGUAUUGGUUAAAUUU